AUGGCUGGGAAUGGGGGAAUGAGCGGAGGAGUUCAUGGUGCCGCUAUUCACAUGAGCCAUGUGCAAGGCACAGAAUACACGUUGCAAGGAGUAAUGCGAUUCCUACAGACCCAAUGGCACCGACACGAACGAGAUCGAAAUGCAUGGGAGAUCGAGCGUGCUGAAAUGAAGUCGAGAAUUGCCAGAUUAGAGGGUGAUGCACGGACCAGCAAGCGAAUGUACGAAACUUUGAGCAAACAUGUUAAAAUGUUGGAGGCUGCUUUGAAAAGGGAACGAGAAAAAGUCAAGAGCUUAUCUACCGGAGAAGCUGUCGACACGAGCAAGAACUCCAAGGAUCUCGCCAAAGAUGACCCGAAAUCCCUUCCACAACAACAACCAAAAUCCGAUGCUUGCCAAGUUGACGUCGACAAUAGGACUCAGAAUGCGUCCAAUCCUGAUGUUCGCCAGGAUUCAGAACGUGAAAAGUCUCGCGUGUAUCUUGGAAAAUGCUCACAGGAAGUUACCUAUCAUGUAAUUCCCGGGUCACGUCCUCCUCCGGACUUGCUAGAUCUUCAAGAAAUGUCAGACCACGGGUAUCAAAAUCAUCAGAUGCAGAGGCCUUCCUUCGAAGACGUAUAUGUGCAACAUCAAUGUCAACACCAGCAAAGGCAGAAAAUUCAUCAACAACAGCACCAACAGCAACAUAAUCACGUAAACAUGGUUCGAGAGCCCUCGGUACAUCAACCCAUUACCCCUAAUUAUUCCGAGAAUUUCCCUGCUGGCCCACGCGCAUUGAAUCCGAGUCAUCAAGAUCCACUUGAAGCGCAGCCAUUUGAGCAACAGCGUUCACAUCUCCUUCCCAUGGAUCGUCGAAAGGAAUCUUUUGAUCAUCCUCCUGUUGGCCAUGAAGAGGUGGAAUCAAUCACACAUACCUUUGAUGAAUAUGGAAAUCUGGUCUCCAUCUCUGACCUACCUAAACCCAUCACCUCCAUAGAACCCGAAGCUGAUGAUGCGGAUGGAUGGAACUUUGAUGAAACCCCAGUCGAUAUUACCACCACAUCGAGCGGAACACAUCAUCGACCCGAUACGGAUGUUUUCCCGAAUGCUGAUUUUGUAUUCCCAAACUCUUCUCCCCGAGGAGGCCCUGGCUCUCAAAGAAGAAAAGGUUCAGGAAGGCGUCGCGCUGAUGGGACCACUGAUUCUCGCGAUCUAGGUACCUUGGGUGGGUUAAAGGUUGAUGUGCCGAACUUCAAAGUCCGAUUCGCGUUGCGCGGCCAUCUUGAUGUUGUUCGAUCGGUUAUCUUUACUGGUGGCGGAAGCCCGUCUGAACCAGAGAUAUGCACAUGCGGUGAUGACGGGACAAUUAAGCGUUGGAUUAUCCCAGCAUCCUAUGGCAGCAUCGGCCCCAAUAGCAGCAGCUCAAAUAAUGACCUCGAUAUCACAAGCUACUUUACUCAUCGUGGACACUUGGGGCCAGUCACCUGCCUUGCAGCAUGCCCCCCCGCUCCCAACUUUUCCAGUGGAGGUCGAGCCCUUGGAGACGGCUGGGUAUUUUCAGGCGGCCAGGAUGGCAGCGUUAAAGUAUGGGAACGGGGCCGUGUUGACCCGAAAGCGUCUCUAGAUACUCAUACGGAUUCAGUAUGGGCAUUGCGCGUGCUUCCAGGUACUGCCGGAUCUAUCUUUGGAGACCGAUGUAGCCAUUACGGUAGCCCUGAUCGAAUAGUCCUUGUUUCGGGUGCUUCCGACGGGAGACUGUUGAUAUGGGCCGUGAGUGCUCCACCACAACUCGCCUCCCCACAAGCUGGAAAUCGAAGGGUCGGUGGUAGCCGAAGAGCAAAUUCUAUAUCUUCCGGCUCAAACUUCUCUUCAUCACCCCAACCAAGCACAGCAAGUGCAACUCCUUUUCACUAUACAUUGAUUCAUCAUAUCAUCCGCCCUGACUCUCCUUCCUCCACAAGUAUCAGCCCUUUGUCACUUGCCGGCGUCAACUUUGUUGUUUCCUAUGCGGAUGCCUCCAUUAUUGUCUACGACACGCGAUCUGGGGAAGAGGUGGUUGGAAUGGCUAGCUUGGAAACGUACGACGGAACCCGUGCGACUGGUGUUAACUCCGUAGUAGCAAGCACUAUUGGGUUUGACGGAACUGCCAAUCUAGAUCCCAACAGGACUUUGACGGAAGAGGAAGCUAUCGUGCAUGGAGCCACUGGCACCAGUGGUGGGGUUGAAGGGGUGAUUAUUAGUGGCUAUGAAGACCGUUAUAUUCGAUUUUUCGAUGCCAAUAGUGGCCAAUGCACAUAUACAAUGCUUGCACAUCCCACCGCAAUCUCCUCUCUCGCCCUAUCUCCGGAUGGCCGCGAGCUCGUGUCUGCAGGUCAUGAUGCCAGCUUACGCUUUUGGUCACUUGAAAAGCGGAGUUGUGUGCAGGAGAUUACCAGCCAUCGGCUUUUGCGAGGGGAGGGUGUCUGCGCCGUGGUUUGGAGUCAAGAUGGACGGUGGGUUGUGAGUGGGGGCGGUGAUGGAGUGGUUAAGGUCUUCUCAAGAUAA